AUGGGCCUAAUUAGCGAUAUUAAAAACAGCAUAGUGCACACCUACGUGUGUCUCCGGAGGAAUCGCAUGGAUUUCCACGGUCAGAAGCUCGCAUUUUUAAUUAAAAAUAUCGUCUUCACGAUCAGCACAGUUGUCUCCAUUGCAGUCGGUUAUUACAAAGAGGACUUAGCCCUCAGUGCCUACAUCAUUCUGGCCGGUACAGUCUUGUCUGCUUUGCUAAUCAUGCCCACGUGGCCCAUAUACAACAAGAACAACAUUCAGUGGGAAAGUGCAGAUGAGUCCACGGAGGAUAGGAAGCGAAGAUAA